CGGCUUGACCUUACCAUCAUGGCUACUGAAGCGGAAGUUGCAUCGCUUAGCUUCCGCUUCUGGGAAGAACAUGGCGGUAAAUGAGAAUUUGUCGCGUAUUUGCGGACAGAGAAAUGAUGAAACUGUCGAUUUGGAGCGUAUGGUGAAUCGGUGGAGUUUGGAUUACUACUUGUUUUCCGCGCUGCAAGCCUUUAGGGAUGGACGGUACGACGACUUCUCUCAAAUUAGGGACAUUAUACAAAAUUUACUGGUUCGGCCUUUCGAGUUCUCAGACAUCGGGAAAAAGAAGAUACGUGUCAUGCAGUUCCUGUCCCGCAUAAACGAAGGAGACAGGCUGGACUGUAUUUUCGACUCUCAGGAGUCCUGCACCCCCCUGGAGUCUGCCUUGUCCGUGUUGGAGUCCAUCAGCCAGGAAGUGGAGGUGCCUCAGCAGGAACUGGAGAGAGUCCACAAGUCCAUCUGUGAGAUGAUCGUGGUACUGUGCCUUAAGAAUGGAGAGUUUGAGAAGGCUGAGGACCGACUUCAUACAUACUUCCCUGAAGGACCGACAGGACGGGGUGGCAUCUUCCUCAGACUGGCACAGCAGAGGACCAGCUCACACCAUACCCUCGAGAAGGUCACCUUUCAGCAGUUUAGACAAGACAUGUUGAAGUUUUCUGCCAGCCUCUUCCCCAGCUCUGAACCCUUCCUCUUCAAGAUGGCACGGAAGGUACAGACCUUGAGACCCAUGGCGGCGGACGACAAGGUCGCCGAACCGGAAGCGGUUCUGGAACCGGACGGCGUCUCGGUGCGGCCGACGGAGCCGGAGGACAGUGGCACCAUAACAGGACCCAGCUUCCUGAAGCUCCGCCUCCUGAAGUCUGCCUUCACACAGCUGGCAGCAGAGCAGGGCCUACUUACUACCUUCACCGAGCUGCAGGAGGCGCUAGAGCAGGAGCUGCAAGGGGAGAGCGGCAAGUGUGCGGGCAACACCUCCCCACGGACUCCCGCUCUGCGUGCCCAGCCACCAGGGGGCGCUGGCAGUCCCAGGGAGGCCUCACAGGCGGAGAUGCCUGUGCAGGGCCAGCAGAGGCCAUACACUGUGUCCAGGCUGGUUAUGGAGCCCGACAGUCAGCCCAGCGAGUUGGAGUCCUCCGCCAGCCAGGAGGAGACCUCGGGAGGCCGGGAGGAGCACGUGGCUGAUCAGGAGGAGCACGUGGCUGAUCAGGAGGAGCACGUGGCUGAUCAGGAGGAGCACGUGGCUGAUCAGGAGGAGCACGUGGCUAAUCAGGAGGAGCACGUGGCUGAUCAGGAGGAGCUCGCAGCCAGUCCCCAGAGGAGCCCCCUGACCCGCCACAGGACCUCCAGGAGAGAUACAUAUAACAGACGUUUCCCCGAUGACGACGAGGACAGUUCGGACAUGUCGGACGCUCCGGAAGGCCUGGACCAGGACAGGGUUGCGCGGAGCUCGCCGUCCCCAGGGAAACGGUCCAGAGUGCUUUCAGUGGUGAAGGGAGCAAAGGCUGAGUGGAGUGAUGAGGAGUCCUUGUUCAAUUCGCCGACGAAAGACGGCUCCAGGGGAUGUCUGACUGGCGAUGGCUCUGGAGGCCGAACUUUAAAGAAGAGGUGGACGGUGGAGGAGAGCGAGUGGCUCAAGACGGGAGUGGCCAAGUACGGCGAAGGGAGCUGGGCCCAGAUUCGGAGCAGCUUCCCCUUUGUGGGCCGGACCCCAGUGAAUAUCAAGGACAGAUGGAGGACCAUGAAAAAGCUGAAGAUGGUGUGAUCCUCGAAAGACUAGGAGCCAGACUGAGACUGCCAAGAAUGUGGAAACUGGAGCUGCUGGUGAUUUAGCUAUGGGCUGGGCAGUUUAUUGCUUUUUGCAUAUCACACGUUCAUUUGUUGGUGAGGUUGGUGAUCCUGACAGCUGAGGGCAGCUUCCAGGUGCUGGGUGAAAGUGAACCCUCCUCCCCCCCUACUGUACUUUGAGAAAUGCUGACCUUUAAAAGGUUACUGAUGCAGUUUAAUAAUUUUCUGUAAAUAAAUAUUACUUCAUUUAGGUAAUAAAAGUAA